GUUUUUUUUUUGUUUUUUUUAUUACGGUAAAGUGAAUUGGAUGUUUUUUUUUUGUGGCAGUUCACAGCAGUUGUAAACAUUUCCAUUGAAUGCAUAAAUUGUCUGUACUUGUCUUGUGGAUUUUUACCUUGUUACUUUUACAUUUAGUGCUAUGUACACCAGGUCUCUGUUUCAAGGAACUUGCUGGUUAAAUAAUAGUUUUUAAAAACCCAAAUUAAAAAUUUUAUGUCUUUGUCUGCAGACUGAAUUCAGGGAGAAGUUGGGUUUACUGGAUGCGAAGAUUGACAGGACUUACAGGGUUGUGCUUCAGAUGAACGAUAUGCAGGGCAAACUCACGGAUGCUGCAGAGAAUCUGAAAGCAGCCUUGGCUGCAGCGUAUCAGCAGAUGAGGGAGAAGCUGGAUCACGAUGAGCGGCUAGCUCAACACGAGGUGGACUGUGAGCUGGAGGCCAGCCACACCAAACUUCGAGACUACAUGAAUAGGUUUACGGACAACAAUGAGAAGAUGCAGAAAGCCAAAGAGGAGAUCAGCGAUCUUUUGAGUCAGUCCCAAACCCCGGCUUUUCUACAGGCUUCGUUUGAGUUGCCUAAAGUCGUAAAGUUUGAACCUCACACCCCUCGAGUCUCUGUGGACUCCAAACGGGUGAUGGCAGCUCAAACGUUUACUUCAGCCAUGCAGGAGAGUCUUGUUCAGAUUCUCUCACAGCCUUUUGAGGCAAGACGGCCACUGUAAAAACUGGGUAAAAGUCCAGCAGCUUCAUUUCAAAGGGAAAAUAAUCUUUAUUUCUAGUGAAAAUAAAAUAAAACUAAUAAUGUUUAAUUUGUCUUACAGAACUGGACACAUAUACAUCUGGUGGGUUAGGAGAAAAACACUGGAUUAGAGAAAGAAAAAUAAAGAAAACACACUUUUAUUUAGUGCUUCUCAAGAUAAAAAUCAUGAGGCGCAUCACAAAAAAAACCAAGUAUAAAAAAAAUUUCAAAAAAUGAUUAAAAAUAUGUUUAACCCUCCCACUGUCUUCAUGGGUGACCCCGCGAGGAAAGUUGAGCAUUGAGCAGGAUUGAUGGUUUAU